AAGCAGAAGAAGAAGAAGAAGAAACGAAGAAGCCAGAUGUAGAAGGAGGAACGGAUCGUUGCAGGAAAUGGUUCAGUUCGCGAACCAAACAGGACGAGCGAGCAGCGGCUACGAGAAUAAGGAAAUAACGCCAAUGUCUCCCGCGUUUGACGACAGAGGACACAGCGCGGAUUCCCAAAACACGGCCGUGUCGAAACGCCGCUGACCAAACAAUCACGGCGCUCUGCCUCGGAAAAUAAAGUCCGUGACCUUUGACCUCAGCGUGCUCGCAUGACUGGGACGGGAAGCGAGCCGUGCCUUUCUCUGGCUUUCGGAUCCUCGUGUCGCCCAGGCCGCCGUUGAGCCGCUCCCCCUCCCCCGCGUUUCCGUGACUGGACGACAGGAGGCGCUGUCUGACGAUGAAGGCUGUGGGAGGUGGUGUUAACCCACAGAUGAGGCAGUAAGGGUGCGGAGCCGCCCGGGCAGCAGCAUGCAGCAAAAAGGCGUCAUCCAGAUCAUCGAAUGGGAGGAUCUGGACAAGAGGAAAUUCUACUCCCUGGGGGUCUUCAUGACCAUGACCACCAGGGCCACGGUCUACCCUGCCAGCCUCAUCCGAACCCGGCUGCAAGUGCAGAAGGGCAAGGCUCUCUACUCGGGCACCUUUGACGCCUUCUUUAAGAUCUUGCGGGCGGAGGGCGUGCAGGGCCUCUACCGGGGCUUCAUGGUCAACACCUUCACACUGAUCUCAGGACAGGCUUACAUCACCACCUAUGAGCUGGUGCGGAAGUACGUGUCCCACUACUCGCCCAGUAACACGGUGAAGUCGCUGGUGGCUGGGGGCGCCGCGUCCCUGGUGGCCCAGACCAUCACAGUGCCCAUAGAUGUGGUCUCUCAGCAACUGAUGAUGCAAGGUCAUGGGGAGCAUCUGACUCGCUUCAAGGUCAAACCUAAAAUGGUGGUCGUGGCCUCCAAACGCAGGCCAACUUUCGGACAAACCCGGGAUAUUGUGGUACAGAUAUUCGCCGCUGACGGUUUUCGGGGAUUUUACAGGGGCUACGUGGCGUCGCUUCUGACCUACAUCCCAAACAGUGCACUCUGGUGGCCUUUCUAUCAUUUUUAUGCAGAGCAGCUUUCCAGGCUCGCACCAACUGAGUGUCCUCACCUGAUCCUACAGGCGCUGGCUGGACCGAUGGCGGCGGCCACCGCCUCCACCAUCACCAACCCCAUGGAUGUGGUUCGAGCCAGAGUUCAGGUGGAGGGCAGAUCCUCUGUCAUGGAGACGUUUAAGCAGCUGCUGGCAGAGGAGGGGAUCUGGGGGAUGACCAAGGGGCUGUCGGCCCGCAUCAUCUCCUCCACCCCCACCUCCGUGGUCAUCGUGGUGGGGUAUGAAACCCUGAAGAGGCUGAGCCUGCGAGCCGAGCUGGUAGAGACCAGACACUGGUGAGGAGAACCGCUCUCCAUCAAGAACCUGGACCAGAUCAGGAAUACACACGAUGGAUCAUAAAGCAGAUUCUGUGGAGCUCCCGAGACCUCGUGUCCAGUUUAGAAGAAGAAGAGAAGAAGAAGAGCCACUUUAUUUUGUCAUUUCAUUCUUACAAUAACAUGUGUUCUCGGCAUGUAACCAUCCUAUUGUAGAGCAGCAGUGGGCAGCUGCAGCGCCCGGGGACCAACUCCAGUUCUUCUUUCCACUGCCUUGCUCAGGGGCACAGGCAGGAGUAUUGACCCUAACAUGCAUGUCUUUUUGAUGGUGGGAGGAAACCGGAGCACCCGGAGGAAACCCACACAGACACGGGGAGAACAUGCAAACUCCACACAGACAGGACCUGGGACGGCCUGGGGUUCGAACCCAGGACCUUCUUGCUGUGACGCACCAGUGCUGACCACUGGGCCACCGUGCCUCCAAACUGAGAUAGUUUUGGUGUUUUUUUUUUAAAUUUUGUUUGUUUUUACAGUUAAGAGUAAAGUCUGCUGACAGUGGAGCAGGACUCCAAACCCGCCUGGGCUCCACACCAGCAGACUGAACCACCGGGGGCCUUUUAAUCCUAAUUUCACCUUUAACCUUUUAUAACCAGUCCUGGUUUAUACUCGCUGUCAGGAGAAUUUGCUGGGUCGGGGUAAUGGCCUUUACAACGUUGUAAUAAUGUGUUUUUUGUUUUCUUUUUCUUUUUUUACAAUAAAUCUUUGACCGCAGGGAUUGGGUUAUGUUUUAUAUCCAUGUGCUGACAGUUGGGAGAUUGAGUUUGUUUUUAGAAGCAGCCACGUUACGAUCCCACAACCGUAAUUACUGCCACGUGACAGACGUCUCAGAGAACCCAUCAUUUGUGUGCCGUCUCCGUUAAGUGUUUUUCCUUGAAAAUUACUUUUUUUUUUUCAACAUAAUUGUCCAAACUGAAACUGGAUGUUUAUUUACUGUGAAGUUUCUGGAGUGUGUUGAAUAAUAUGAGCUACUUGUGUGCUUAUGGAGGAAGCCAUUGUUUUAGGUAUGCCUCAAUCAGUUUCUGAUUUAUAUUUGGUGUUGAACUGUAAGUCAUAGCCUGAUGAUGAUGUUGACCUUCUGUUGGAAAGGUUCAAUAAAAGACUUGAA